AUGGUGAACAUCACCGCCACGCUCAAGCUGAACGACCACAACUUCCGCGAAUGGGACACCUACUUUCGCGGAAAGCUCAUGAUGAAGGGCAUGCAUCAACUCCUUACCCAAAUGCCGACGUCAACUGCCUUGGACGCCAGCAGCGAGGUCCAAAAGGCAUUCGGAAUCCUCAUCGACACCUUGGAGCCCAGCCACCCAACAUAA